AUGUCAAAUCUUACAAAACUUGAGUUUGUCGCUCUUGAUGUUUCUGGCAACAAUUACUUAUCUUGGAUCCUUGAUGCUGAGAUCCAUCUUGAAGCUAUGAAUCUUGGAAAUACUAUUAAGGAAGAUAAUCAAGCAUCCCAGCAGGAUCGCGCUAAAGCAAUGAUUUUUCUUCGCCAUCAUUUGCAUGAAGAAUUAAAAACUGAGUAUCUUACGGUAAAGGAUCCCUUGACCUUGUGGAAUAAUUUAAGGGAGAGAUACGAGCACCAGAAGACAGUUAUCCUCCCUAAAGCUCGUUAUGAUUGGAUGCACCUGAGGUUGCAAGAUUUUAAGAGUGUCAGUGAAUAUAACUCUGCACUCUUUAAAAUCAGCUCACAAUUAAAAUUGUGUGGAGAAAAAGUUACUGAUGUGGAUAUGUUAGAAAAAACGUAUACCACAUUUCAUGCCUCGAAUGUGCUCCUGCAGCAGCAAUAUCGAGAGCGUAAAUUCACAAGAUAUUCUGAACUAAUAUCUUGUCUUCUAGUUGCUGAGCAAAACAACGAGCUAUUGAUGAAAAAUCACCAAUCUCGUCCAACGGGUUCUACACCAUUUCCUGAAGCAAAUGGAACCUCAUUUCAUGGUAAUAAAGGAAACCGUGGUCGUGGACGUGGACGUGGUAGAAAAAAUUAUAGAGGUCAAGGGGAACGUACUCAUAAUUCUUACAAAAGAAAUGUCCCUUACCACCAGAAGUGGAACCACACUGAGGCGAAACAAAAUGAAAACAAAGGUUUGCAGAAUAAACCUACAAAGAACUAUGAAGAUAAAUGUUACAGGUGUGGUAUGAAAGGACAUUGGUCGCGUACCUGUCGUACGCCUAAACAUCUGGUAGACCUAUAUCAAGCCUCCAUAAAAGAGAAAGAAAAAGGGAUUGAAAUGAAUUUUGCCAAUCACAGUAAUCCUGCAGAUUCUCCAUUUUUUCUUGAUACUCUAAAAGGAGAGGGUAGCACUCAUCUUGAUGUUUCUGAUUUCUUUGAAGACUCUAACGGAAAAACAGAUCUUUUGAUUGGUGAUGAAUAUGUCUACAACAAUUAA